AUGGAUGGUUGUCAAAAUGGUUGUUGGAAAUUUCAAAAAUCAAACCAAAACAUUUUCAAAAAUGCCAGAAAAGCUUCAUUUUCUGCUUUGGCACUUUUUCGUGCUUCAAAGAGAAACAACAAAACAAAGAUGGAGAGAGGAGGACCACCAACCGGCGGAGGGAGCUCAACAGUAGCCUUCUCCGCCUCUCUCGCGGCACUUCCCUUGAAAUAUCUGUUCAAAACGCUCGGGUGCUGCGCGAAAAUCUCCCCGGAAGUGCUCAUCGAAGCGCAUCCUUCGAGCGGGUUACGCAUCAAAGCGGUGAAUCAAAAUCACUCGGCGUUUUUGAGUUGCAUUUUAAGGACGAACGCGUUUGAUGGGUACGAGUGUUGCGCCGUUGAAAAAGCGGCGGAUAAAAACGACGACGACGAUUUUGUUGUGACGGGAGUGCAGACGGCGCUGUUGGCGAAGCACGUUUUGGGGUGCCUGCGAUCGAAUCGAGUCGAUCGCGUGAGAAUAAAAAUGAAAGAAAGUAACGGAGAAAAAGUUGAGAUUGUGUGCACGGGCGGACAAGGAGGACAAGGAGGACAAGGAGGACAAGGAGGACAACUUCAAAAGACGUAUAACAUUUACGCGAUACAGGACGCGGAACACUUAGCGGCAGAGGUGGAUAGCGAUUCCAUGCUCGUUCAAAUCGUGUUUAAAGCGAGAAGUUUAGGUAAGUUUUUAGGAAGUCACUUCAACGUCGGGACGCAACAAGACGCGACGUUUACGUUUUACAACGGCGAGUGGGAAGGUGACGGAUCGGACGCGACAGGGACGGGAACGACGACGCCAGGGAGCGCGGCCGCCGCGGGUGGAGUCGUCAACGCUUUCAGUAGCAAGCAGUCUCGAGGUGGGAGCUUCUCCAAGCAACAGCACAAGGCGAAGAAGUGCGUGGAGAUAUCUUCGUACGUGGAUAAAAAAGCCGAACAGAAUAUAGCCGGCGGACCGUUUCAACAGUUGCAAACGACGGUACAUUUGGACGCAAACGAGCAAGCGAUUUUGAGGUACGAGAAUCGACAGUACGAUAAAGAGUUCGUAAAAGUGACGAUUAAUUUGAAAGAUACUUUAGCGAUGGUGAAAUUGUGCGAGUCAAUCGAACAAGACGUGUUGAUGUCGUGCGAUAAAGACGGCGAUCCGGUAUCGUUGAGACCGACGAGGGAGUUUGCCGGAGGGCAUUACGCCUCGUCGGAACAACAAAUGCACGGCGGCGAGAAUCCGAGAGCAGGCAUACCGCACUUUGAUUUCGACGCGGAGAUGGUGUUGGCGGCGAUGUUACCGGAUGAAGAAGAAGAAGAAGAGGAUGAUGAAGAAGAGAAACGAAAAGAAGAAGAAGCGAGAAGAAAAGACGACGAGGCGGCUGGGAGGAUGACGAUCAACUAUAAUAACGUCCCUCCGCAAACGCCCGGGUCAUCGGUUGUGCCGCCUUCGCAAACGACCGAAGGCGGUUCUGUUCGACCACCGUUUGGUUCACCGAGCGAGAAUAAAAGCAACAAAAACAAAAUCGUCUGGGAUGGCGACGACGACGAAGAAGAAGAAGUCACCGCCACGCCAGCCGAGGAGAUGUCGAAAAGACACAAGUCUUCUUGA